AUGGCCACCUCCACCUCCUCGACGCACCAAGCGUUCGCCGACCACCUCGUAGCUCGAAUCCACUCGGACGUGGACUUUCUCCGCUCGCAAGGCCUGUUGAACGCUCACGACGCCGAGGCGAUCAAGGCCAAGCUGCCGCCUAGUGUCCACGGGGUGGGAUCGGGUGGUGUAGAGCGCUUCAACGGACAGCUAGGAGGUUUGGACUUGAUCGCCGAUCCCAGUGAACGAGGUCAGGCGGGCCAGGGAGGACGGUCGACGGAGCGCGCCACUUGUCGAGCGGUGUGGGAUUAUCCGGCUUCUCAGGUCAGCAGUCGAGCUCACCUUGCUCGGGCUCCCUUAUACCAACCAGUGACGGACAAACUCUCUUCCUCCCACAGCCGGACGAUCUACCUUUCACCAAGGGCCAAAUCAUCGUUCUAGAGUCCGAAUUGAAUCAGGAUUGGUGGCAGGGCUCGAUUGGUUCGUCUUGUCAAACCUCGAUCACAGUCCUUACAUCGGCCGACUGCAGCUGACGAACGACUUUUGGCUUCACACAGACGGGAAAAGGGGGAUCUUCCCUUCGAACGUGAGAUCUUCCAGCUUUGAGCUUGCCGCGAAAGUAUCAAGAGCUGAAACGUGAUGACUUCGUUGCAGCACGUCGAACGCCUCCCUUUCAGCCCCUCAUUCACCACAACGAGCAACCCGAACGGACCGCCACCCCCACCUAGCGCCGAAUUCACUCCCUCCCCUUCCCCAGCACCUUACUACAACCACCAAACCCCCCCACCCCAACCACAGGCUCAACAAUACGCGUAUCAGCAACCGCAGCCUUACGCUGCUUCCUAUGCACCCUCGGGGUCAAACUCGUACCAAUCCGGCCCAUCGCACUACGCCCCUUCAAACAAUUCAUACCUCGACGACAAGCAGCAUUACACCCCUCCACCCCCACCAACAGCAGCUCCAACGCAAGCAAUGGGAACAGCAGCCCCCCAGCCCCCUCCAGUGCCGAAGAAGAGGUUCGGCAAAGUCGGCGGUCAAUUGGGGUCGGCUUUUGUAGGCGGGUUGGGCUUCGGGACGGGGACGGCGGUGGCGGUAAGUCACUUUUUUCUAUCCUUGCGAGGUCUCCUUUCGAGUAGUAA